AUGUCGAGAGAAAACGAAUCUACGAACGGGGAUACACGCGCACCUCAAGCUAACGGAGUAUUUCUGUUUUCAGCGUAUUGGCAACGGCUACCGGUCAGUUUCGAGAUGUAUCCAUGCGACACGUGCGGCAGACAGUACAGAAGGGUGAUAUCGUUGCAACGUCACAAGAGGCUCGAGUGCGGCAAGGAGGCCCAGUUUGAGUGCGUGCUGUGCCACGCGAAAUUCAAGCACAAGCACAGCUUACUCAGGCACUAUAACGUUCACGUGGCGGACGUGAAGAAAUCGAGCAAGUUCGAGCGCGAGGAGAGGAUCGCUUGA